AUGCCUGGAAUUCUUUCCCCAUGGCCAUGAGUGUGAGAUCCCCGCACCGGGCGGGCUCCAAGUUGGGCAGCCCAAGGUGGGAGUUGAGCUCCCCACCCCAGAGGGGACUCAGCCCACAGAAGGUGCUGCCCCAGCUCCUUUUCGCUCAGAAACUUUAUUUUUUUUUCCCCUGGUGACACUCGGGGGAAGCCUGAGCGUUAUAGAAGAUGAAUACACGAGGGUUUGGUUGCGUUUGGGGUUUUUCUUUUUUUUUUUUUUUUCAGUUGUAGUCUCGUUUAUGGUUUUAUUGCUACCAUUGAUUACUUUGCUUUGUUACACAGAGGAAAAAGAGCAUAAAAUCCGUUGGCAUCCGGGUUCCUGUUAUAGCUGGGGGAAAAAUAUACACACACACCCCCCUGCCCUUCUUUGUCAGCUAAAGUCUUUUAGGGAUACGUCGCUAAAAAAAAAAAAAUAAAAUAAAAAGGAAUUGAGUCCAUUGAUGGGGAGCAAGACAAACAAACGCCCUGAGUUUGGAAUCUGAGGGGGCACCCACAGCCCUUCCUUCUCCCCAGGCCCCCGCACCCUUCACGUUUAAAUCCCAGCGUGGACACGACGGAGGUUUAACAAAAACCCAGCACACACACACAGAGACACCAGAGAGGAGGCCGGGGCUCCCCUGCCAUGAUGGAAUUUUUAAAUAGCGAGCCUGAUAAAGAUACCUCCCAAUAUUUACAGAUCAGCAGGUAUGUUUUACGUUUAAGGGGCAAUUUAUGGCUCCAGAUUGAAAUGAAAAUGAGAUUAGCUGCCUUCAUUUCAAUUAGUCCUAGGUGCAAUCCACCCAGAGAAGGCAGAAUAUAAUCCCCCUUCGCAUCUGCCUAAAUAUUCGCAGCAGAAGUUUCCCAAUCAGCUGGAAAUAUCUGCAACUCUAAAUUGCUGCGAACACACACACACACACACACGAGGUUUUGUCCCCAGCUCAGGCUCCCCCUUUACAACCACAAAUCUUCUUUUUUCCCCCCCUUCUUUCCGCCCCCCCUCCCUUUCCUGCUGUUGUUGUAGUUGUUGUCGAAAAUGUAAAUAUCCUCCAGCAUUAAAAAUUCGCAGGGAAGCGUCUGAGGGGGGGGAGAAAUGUCAAACUGGAGGAGAAAUCCAACUUCCAGGCUAACGUGAGUUUGCAAUGUUGGGUGUUGCUCUGCUGAAUGUCCUUUUUUUUUUUGUUUUCCUCCCCCCUCCCCUCCCCAAGACAUACUUUGAGAAGGCUCCGAAACACGUUAUCAAUUCAGAAGUCGCCAUGUUUUCCCCCCCUCUCUCUUUAUGUAAUAUUUUCUCAUCAGGAACACAACCGUUUGAUUCCAGAAUAUUGACCAGUGCUACAGGAGAACAAGAAGGGAAGAGGGGAAAAAAAAAAACAGGGAAAAAAAAAAGGAGGGUAAUUUAUGGCUUAAUAUUCUGUGGACGUCUGAGAUUUAUUGCUGUGAAUUCUGAGCUAUUUUAUUACGAGAUAUUAAGCAAACAUUUCUUUGAAACAAUAAUAAAGAAAACAUCAACAAGCCAAACACGAGCAGCAAAAAAAAAAACCCCACGCCAAACAGCGCGGCCGGUGCUCCCAAACCCCGGCGUCCAGCAGCGGAAAAAAGGGGGUGAGAGUGGGGAAAGGAGGGGAAGGGGGGGGGGAAGGAAAAGUUAAGCCUGGCUUAAGAAAUUUGCGCCUCUCCAGCCUCCCCCCCCCUCCCCACCCCCUCCGAGAGCCCCCCGGGCAGCACCCCCAGCCCUGCCUCGGGCAGCGCUCCCCUCCCGCCGCAGCCCCCCCGCGCCCCGGCCCCCCGGGGGUGCUGGGGGGGGUUUGGGGGUGCAGGACUUACUUUCCAUGCCCACUUAGUUUCAACUAGGGAAUCAAGAGAAGCAAAAGCAAUUUUUUCCCUUUUUGACACCCGCCUCCCCAUUGGCUCCCCCCGGGUCAGCUGACUGUGUCAUUCUGUCUGUCCUGGAGCAGAGCCUUCCCUAUAACAAUCUAGUUCAGACUACAAACUGGAGACAGAAAUAAAUAUUAAAGAAAUCACACAGCCAGGUAUAGAGGACGAUAUGAAUUCCUAUUUUACAAACCCAUCUUUAUCCUGCCAUCUAACCAGUGGCCAAGAGGUGCUUCCCAACGUAGCCCUCAAUUCAACUGCCUAUGACCCUGUCAGGCAUUUUUCUACUUAUGGAGCAGCCGUUGCUCAAAACCGGAUUUAUUCUUCUCCUUUUUAUUCACCGCAAGAUAAUGUUGUGUUUAGCUCCAGCCGAGGACCUUAUGACUAUGGAUCUAAUGCUUUUUACCAAGAAAAAGACAUGCUUUCUAGCUGCAGGCAAAAUUCUAUGGGACAUAAUACACAGACAUCAAUCGCACAGGAUUUUACCAGUGACCAAAACAGGAACACUUCGCAAGAACAAAAAACUAGCAUUCAAAUAUACCCCUGGAUGCAGCGUAUGAACUCCCACAGUGGAGUCGGUUACGGGGCCGACCGCCGGCGGGGCCGCCAGAUUUAUUCCCGUUACCAGACCUUGGAGCUGGAGAAGGAAUUUCACUUCAACCGGUACCUGACCCGGCGGAGGCGGAUCGAGAUCGCCAACGCGCUCUGCCUGACGGAGCGGCAGAUCAAGAUCUGGUUCCAGAACCGGCGGAUGAAAUGGAAAAAAGAGAGUAAUUUGAGUUCCACGCUCUCCGGGGCGGGAGGGGGGGGCGGCGCCGCCGCCGCCGACAGCUUGGCCAAGGAGGAGAAGCGAGAAGAGACAGAGGAGGAGAAGCAGAAGGAGUGAAGAAGUGACAGCUCGGCGGCAGGACCCCCCCCCAAACACACACACACGCUGCGACCCCCCCCUUCCCACCCCCCCCUCCCCCCUAUUUAUCACUGGCACAAUGUUUGGCUACUUUAAAAAAAAAAAAGGAAAAAAAAAGGACAAAAAAAAGGGAAAAAAGAGUAAAUAAUAAUAAUAAUAAUGAUGAGGGGGGAGGUGAAACAAUAAUGUCUGAGGUGGGUGGAAAUGUGGCCCCCCACCCCCCUCCCCGCUCUCUCCGGUGACCCCCACCCCGCACACGCAUCUCCGCCAUCGCCUAUUUAUCUGCCUCGGGAUGAGAACUGUUCCCAGCCGCACACUCCCCCUUCCUGCCUCCCCCCACCCCAAAUUGGGCAGCCACCCUCCGCUCUGCCGGCCCGGACUCUGCCCAGUCGCUUCUCCUCCUCCUCCUCCUCCCCCCCCAGUCCCCAGCCAGAGCAAUUCUUCCUCCCCCCCCCGGUGAAAAAAAAAAUAAUCUGAUUUUCCCUGAGGAAAAAAAAAAAGGAAAAAAGAAAAAAAAAAAAAAGCUCCUUCCACCCAAAUCUCGCC